GGCCGCGCCGGCAAGAUGAAGGUGAAAAUGUUGAGCCGGAACCCGGACCAUUAUGUCCGGGAAACCAAGCUGGACCUGCAGAGAGUUCCAAGAAACUAUGAUCCUGCAUUGCAUCCUUUUGAAGUUCCACGAGAAUAUACAAGAGCUCUGAAUGCUGUCAAACUGGAGCGAGUAUUUGCAAAACCAUUCCUUGCUUCCCUGGAUGGCCACAGAGAUGGAGUAAAUUGCAUGGCAAAACAUCCAAAGAGCUUGUCUACUGUGCUUUCUGGAGCCUGUGAUGGAGAGGUGAGAAUUUGGAAUUUGACCAAACGAGAAUGUAUACGUACGUUGCAAGCACAUGAAGGUUUUGUACGAGGAAUGUGUACCCACUACUGUGGAACUUCUUUUUUUACGGUUGGUGAUGACAAGACUGUGAAGCAGUGGAAAAUGGAUGGACCAGAGUAUGGAGAAGAGGAGGAACCUUUACAUACAAUAUUAGGAAAGACAGUGUAUACUGGAAUUGAUCAUCAUUGGAAAAAAGAUGUUUUUGCUACAUGUGGGCAGCAGGUGGACAUCUGGGAUGAACAAAGAACCAGUCCUAUUUGUUCAAUGACUUGGGGUCUUGACAGUAUAAGCAGUGUUAAAUUUAACCCAGUUGAGACUAAUAUCUUGGGAAGUUGUGCUUCUGACAGAAAUAUAGUGCUAUAUGAUAUGAGGCAAGCCACUCCUUUGAAGAAGGUCAUCUUGGAUAUGAGAACAAAUACAAUUUGUUGGAACCCAAUGGAAGCUUUUAUUUUCACUGCAGCAAAUGAAGAUUAUAACUUAUAUACAUUUGAUAUGCGUUCUCUUGACGAACCUGUGAAGGUACAUGUGGAUCAUGUAUCUGCAGUCCUUGAUGUGGAUUACUCACCUACUGGGAAAGAAUUUGUGUCUGCUAGUUUUGACAAAUCCAUUCGCAUCUUCCCUCUAGACAGAAUUCAUAGCAGAGAAGUAUAUCACACCAAGAGAAUGCAGCAUGUUAUCUCUGUGAAAUGGACAUCUGACAACAAAUACAUUUUGUGUGGAUCUGAUGAAAUGAAUAUUCGUCUCUGGAAAGCGAAUGCUUCUGAAAAAUUGGGUGUGCUUACCUCACGAGAGAAGGCAGCCUUCAAUUAUAACCAGAAGUUGAAGGAGAAGUUCAAAUACCAUCCAAAGAUAAGUCGAAUAGCCCGACAUCGUCAUUUACCUAAGACCAUCUAUAGCCAAAUUAAGGAGCAGCGCAUCAUGAAAGAAGCUCGUCAGAGGAAGGAAAUGAAUCGUAUCAAACAUAGCAAACCUGGAUCUAUACCAUUUGUGCCUGAGAAAAAGAAGCACAUAGUGGCUGUUGUGAAAUAACAUUUGAGAGGUCUGCUGAUUUUUGAGAAUCGCAUAAUCUUGGAGCUGAAAGAGACUUUUUAACAAUCAUCGCCCUCAGUGUCCUCAUAUUAUACAUGGGGAUGUUGAGAGGUGUGAAGUGACCUGCCCGGGUCAUAAAGUAACAGAACCAAGACCAGAACCCAGUUCUUCAGAAUCCCAGUCUACUGCCUUUCCUAUUAUAUCAAGCCAUCUCAUUCUUAGAUUUGGAAAAGCACCUCUGUAAACUUCUUUUACAUAUAUAUAUAUAUA